CCAAGGAAUACAUCAUGUCUGCUACAGUGUUCCGAGUUGCUGUAUGUAUUGCUCUAUUGACAGGAGUUUUGGGGCUACCAUUUGCUAUCAAAGAAGAAGCUAAUCAGUUUUUAGGACUGAAGAGACAAACACCUUCUUCAAAACAUUGGGAUCCAGCUAUCAGCAAGGAUGCUUGGGAUCUUACCAUACCUGAAAUGGUUAAAGAAUCCUGGGAAGCAGUGAAGAAAUCAGCACAGUCUUACUGGAAUUCGGAAUCCUCUGCAGCAGAAGUCAACAUUUCAGGAACCAACUUACGUCCUACAUGGAUAUGCUCCAUGAAUCCAGAGAAUACCUUGAACACCAGAAAAGGAAACGCAGCACUGAAAUUACCAUGCAUGAAACAGACGUUAAUCCUUAUUUGCCAUAGUUCCUGUCUGUCUGGACUAACAGAGUUAUCUAAUAUAUGCAUUAAGCCAACAGAAAAUGUCAUUAUACCACAUAUAAAAUAAUACUAAGGUCAUGCUCUAUCCAGAGUGCUCCCAGAAGCUGCCAAAGAUAAGUAGGUUGCAUAUGGAGAAUGAAACCAAACAGCGGAAGCAGAGCUGCACAGAGUCAUUCUAUCACAGCUUUCCUCUCCUUUAAUAACAAAUAGCAGUGAAUAAUUUUUUAGAUGAGUUUGAUACUACUUCCCUCAUAAUAAGAUCUCACUUUUAAAGGAUGAUUAUAUUAAUUACUUGACUGUAUGCUGUAAUGGUCAGCCAUAAUUAGUGUUUGAUUCUGAUUUUCCAGCAUUUUAGAGUUUGUUGUUAGAAAACUGUGAUGCUCUUAAUUCAUUUUUGAAAUAUUCUCUGCCAUACCCCAAGAGCAUAUUCAACAUGUAUACCAAUCAUGCUGUAUUAUAGGUAGGCCUCUGUUCCAAUGGGCAUGAACAGUUUGUCUUCUCACACGUAGAGCUUACUAGGAAGGCAGGAAGGGAUUUUAGGGAGGGGCCUAAGGGAAGAGACUCAGCUCUGUCUUUCUCCUCCACCUAACAAAGACUUGCUGCUCUCAACAGUUUUAUGGCAAAUGCAGCACCUGUAACUGCCUCGGAAGAAGCCACUAAUGCUAUGUAUGAUUUUUCACCUCAAUAACUUCCCACAUAUCUCAGGCAGGGUGGAAAAAUAAUUCUCUUCUGUCUACUUUGAGUUCUGAAAAGUUGUAGCAUUUUAUCCCAGCCUGGGGAAUGUUCAGAGGAAAUUUAAACUCCUGUGGGUACACAGUCCUUUGCAGAAUAACAUAAGCCAGUGCAAUGUUUAAAUCGUUCAAUUAAGAAUGCAACCGUAGGCAUACCUACUCAUUUGUAAGAUUCCUUGAAUUCAGUGAGGUUUGCUCCUAAGUAAAUAGCUAUUUACAGAAUUUCAGUGUAUUCUGAAGAAAUAGAGAGAUUUUGAGUUAAGCUCCUCCCAGAAUAACUAGACUAGAUUUACUUUAAGAAUGGUAUCAAAACCAUGCAUUCUACAGAAGAGAGAUAAUAUCUUUGAAGAAAAUAAAUUUUCGUCCCUGACUGACAUGACACCCAUGUGGAUAAUCUCAAAACUAAGAACAUAUGUUACCUUUUCCCAAAUGAUUUAUAGGCAAAAGCUCAUCUGUAAUACAGCAUAAACAUAUGCAAUGGAAACAACCACAGAAUUUCCCCUCUUUCCUUUCUUUCCCAUUUCCCUUGUGUUGAAUUUAAAUUGUAAGUUCCUAGUGACGAGGAUUUGUCCUCUGUAGUGACAUGCAUGCUGAUGGCAUCAGAGAAAGACAUAAAUUAAUGAAUAAAGGUGAUCAGUCAAAUAACUGUUGUAAUUGCAAUCAGCGACAACUGUGCAAAAAGAAGCUGUCUGAAGCAUUUAUAGUCCAAAGAGUGACUCCUGCAUUUCUGUGCAUUUUCUUGUACACAUACAGACUGGUAGAUGGGGAAGGCAGGAAAGGCAUCAGAAAGUUGGAAUAUCUAAAAAUGACAAGGAAAACUCACUUUGUAGUGAUUUCCCCCACAUUAAAAAAUGAAUGUAUGAAAGGGAUAUAAACACGGAGCAAGAGGGAGGGGAAUCUGAUAAUGGAAUUUGUAAUUUGUGUGCCUUUCUAUACAGAAACUUGAUAAAAGGGUAUUAUUUCUGUCAAAAAGCCUGGUGGCAAAAGCAUAUUAUUACAGCCUUCUCCAUAAUAUGUGCCAUGCAGGAUAAAUAGGCUUUGAAUCUCGAAGCAACCCUUAAUAUGGUUGAAAUAUUCCUGCAACUUAUGUGACAUUAUUCAUACAAAUGUUUUGCUAAGAUAAUGGCCACUGCUACUUAUCUGCCACAGCAAUUAACAAGUGCUAAUAAAAUAAUAUUGAGAUAAAUCACACAGUGCUUUCUAUCAUAGAGCUCAUUGCAAGAAAGCCUAAUUUUUACAGUGCUGGCCACAACUUGUUAGAAAUUCAUUUUUGCAAGAAAUGCUGUGAUUCAUUUUAAUGGUACAAAUAGCACAUGCUUCAUUGCCACAUUAAUUAUGCAGUUAAAACUCGGAGGGCCAACAUUACAAAGAGGGUGCAUGUUGCUUGUCUAAGCUGCAACCUGAGCCAAAUUGCAAAGGUGUCCAAUUCAUCAACACUGGUGGCUUUUGACAUAGUUAUUCUACUCCAGCCUCUCUAUGCAUUAAAUUACUGUCAUGCUUCCUUACCUUUCUGCCUCAUAGAGGGAACACCAAGGACCUAUCACUGAUGUUCUUUGAAGACUUUGUGACUCUGCUGAAUGCUAAAUAUCUCAUCAGUUUUCCUACGUUCCUAAUUGGAAAUGAUAUUUGUCCCAAUUUAUUUGUAUGGUGGGCCACAAGCACACUUAUGGUCCUGCAAUACUGGUACAGUGGUGGAGCUGCGAUGUGCCUAUCACCCAAACUGGAGCAUAUGUGGAGGUGCCUUGGGCAUGGCAGAAAGACCAACUCCAGCCACUCAUGGAUCACCAAGAAUGAGGACAAAGGGAGUCAUGAAUGUAUAUGCAAACCUGCAUAUGCUCAUAGAUAGAUAGAUGUCACCUACUUGCUUCAGAUCUCUGACUUGGUGGAGUCAGGUGUUAAAUAGGUGUUGUGGGAUCACCCUCUUUGGUUUACUCACUUUUUAGGGGGUGGACACAGGGUGGUCAUGCUGGUACCAUUGUCUUCCCUCUUUCCCCAAUGUCUCUUCUAUUUUUGUUAGACCUCAGAAGAUCCAGUUUUUUAUUUCAGUUAAAAAAAGCACAAAAGUGCAAUGUCCCCAAAUGUGGAUGAGAAAAAAUCACAAAUGAGCCCCUGGCAGGAGAAGUGUCACAAAAUGCUGUGCGUAAUGUAGCCUGCCAUUUCCUGUUUGAGUGCCACUCUACAAUAUCCCUUCCUGCAGUAUUUUUCAGUAGAUACUUCCAGGUGCUGGGUGGGGGAACUUGGUACUGUUUCAGUAGCUUUUUGACUGUGUGCACUUCAAAAUUAUCCAUUGGCAAUUUCUCCAUAUGCAGCUCCUUUUCCCAGAAGCUGCCUGCAGGACUCUUGAGCUUGUGCUCAUUAUAAACCAGGGAUCUCAAAUCUCUUUCAACCUGCAGGCUGAGUCGUGCUCUGGAAAGGUUCUCAGAGGCCACAUUCCAGUGGUGAGUUAGGCCAAAAGCAUAAGGAUCAGGGCUCAGAUGCCAAUAAUACUAGCUAAUUUGAAUUUAAAGUUCCUACUAAGCCUUAGGAGAAGUAUUCAACCAUCUAGAAUGGAGGAGAAAACUACAAGUAAGGAAACCACAAAAUGAUUGGUAGUUGAAAAAAGGGGAUGGGAACAGAGUGGGUGGGCAUAGCCAUCUGUGGAACCCCCAAGGGCCAAUGUAGCUGAGCGUGAGUGGGGAGCUGCUCGAGAGAGCCUUGUUCCUACACCUACAGAAGAAAACAUGUGGGUGGGCUUCUCUGGAGCAUCUGCUAGAGGCAAUGGUGGUGGACCAUCCUGCAAGAUGAGGGGAACAUGAAUUUUACCACUUCUACCUCUCUGCCACCUGAACUGAGGGCUUCACCCUGCCAUAUGAAAGGUCUGGCUCUGCUUUUCACAAACUAAAACAAGCUUGCUCUGUGGACAGAACAUUAUUGGAUGCUUAUGUGGAGAAAGGGGGCUAAGCUAUGGGCAUAGAGAAGAACAGCAGUAAUUUCAAGGCAGCAGAAAGUGGAAAUGCAAUUCUCCAUUGGAAGCACCCCUGAACAACCUGGGCUGGUUCUGCUUGUGUGUGCAGUCCCUCAACCAGUUUUCAUGUGCCCACAAUCCUUCUGGGGUGCAUUGAUUUUUAUGUUAUUGAAAUAAUGUCCAUGAUUGUUGCUGAUCAGCCUAAAGAUGGGCUGGAAAAACUUCCAAAGAUAUAUUUUUCUUCAGAAAAAUUAAGUCGGUUGGUAAAAUUUUCUCUGAAUAUUCUCCACUCCCCUGCUUUCCUUUUCAUGGUAACUAUUCCUACCCCCACAACGUUGCCAAGCAAUGCCAGGAGUGAGGAGCAACAGGGUCGUCCUCUCCCCUGAAAAAAUCUUAUGGGAAAAAAGAAGCCAUUAUGCUGUUGCUGGUAGUAAAGUUGGGCCCCUCCCCUGAGUUGUUUUUGAGAAAAUCCUUUUGCCUUCUCCUUAUAAUCGCUAUUUGGGUAGAUGAGGAGAGUAUUUUGCAAAGCUUUUUU